GGGAAGCCGCUGCGAAUGAAAGUAGGAAAGAAAGCACGAGCUGCUGCGCAAGAAGAAGAGGAGGAAGAGGAGGAAGCAGAUCCGAUCGAUCGAGCCGAGGUCGUUCAGCUGACGAUGGCAGCCCCGAACCCCGAUUCCAGAGACGCGACGCCCGGAUUGGCGCAGAUCGGGACCGAAAUUUCGGACUCGAAGAAGGGCGCUGGAAAAUGACGGAAGUGCUGCUGCUGGUGCAGAUUUUGUAGUUAGGUUGUUGUUGGGUGGCUCGAAUCCGCGGCCUCUAGAGGUUGGGAAGCAGAGGAGGAGGGAGGGAGGCGAGGAAGAGGAGGGUGGGACGAGAAUUGGUGACAGGAUGAAGAGGAGGGCGGAGAGGGCGGAUUUUGGAAGUGGAUGCGGAGGUGGGGGCGGAGGCGGAUGGAGAUCAGCUUCGAAGUGAGCGAGGGGUGAGGGAGGGCAUUAGCAUGCGGAGAAUUCUCGGUUUGUGCUGUGAGGGUGGCGAAUUGGUACGGAGGAGGCAUGGCGCCUAGUCGCCUGCUGCUACCAAGCAUCAACGCUAUCAGGGUUUGGACGCGACCGCUGAGUACGGCUGUGGCGAGGCCGCGGUUUUCGUACCAAUCUCCUCCGAAGACGCGACCGAUUGUGAUGGCGAACGUGACGAAGGCCAAUUUUUGGGAGACUUAUGAGCAGCUGGUUAUUCACUUGCAGACUGCCGAUUUUGUGGCAUUGGAUUUUGAGAUGACGGGUGUGGAAACCACUCCGUGGCGACGUCACUCCGAGCUGGAUACUUGCGAUACUCGAUAUUUGCACAUCAAGCAUUCGGCGGAGUCCUUCGCCGUUUGGCAGUGUGGAGUGUGUCCUUUUAAGUGGGACGAGCCCGGGCAAAAGUUCAUUGCGUACCCGUAAGCGUUUGUCCUUGUGUGCAUGAUUUUAUUCGGAGCUUCAUAGAUUCGUCGUGAUAUAAUUUCUACAUUUUUCCACGGAACGAGCUUCCUGUAGAAAUGCCAUCGAGGAGCUAUUUUUGUCAAACAGCAUCUUUGGAAUUUCUUGCAAAGCAUCGCUUCGAUUUCAACACCACAGUUUAUAAUGGAAUCUCUUAUUUGUCAAGAGAGCAGGAAGAGAUUGCAAGAGAUAAACUCGGCCUUACUGAAGAAGCGCAAAAGUGGAAGCGCUUACAGGCGGAAAUGGAGCCCGAGAUUCCUUUAACUAGAACCGGUGACGUUCUAUUUUCGGAAAAAGUUAGAGUACAACUCGGAGCGUGGCGAGAUGGUGUAAUGAGAAAUCAACAACGAUGGGAAUGGACUGAUCCAGGAGGAGGUUCUAGUGGACGCAGGAGUAGUAUAUCCAGUAUAGAUGCAGUCACAAAGGAGAAGGGUAUUGAAGGUUUUAAGGAUACAUGGUCAGCGAAGUCUGAUGCGCCUAGUUCUUCUUCUUCGGAUAAAGACAGACCUGUUAGUGAUGGAGGUUUAUCCAGUCAUCGGCCCUCUUUUUUUGUGGACAUUUUCGGUAAUAAUCAAGCUCGGCUGGUCAAGCAAGUUUUACGCAAGCACUUUCAGGAUCUUGUUGCUGUCGUCAUCGACAAGCCUAAUGCCGAAGACCGCAAGCAAGUGAAAGUCAUUUUUACGACUUCUAAGGAAGAUAAACUAAAACUUGAGAAGGAGUUAGAAGAGGAGAAUCGAAAGAAGCUUGAGGCUGUGGUAUUUCAAGCUGUUGGUUUCCGGAAAGUAAUUGAUGCAAUCGAAGCAUCGGGAAUUCCCCUUAUUGGACACAACUGCCUACUCGAUUUAGCCCAUCUACAUGACAAGUUUCUGGGACCAUUACCACCAAACGUGAGGGGAUUUUCCGCUUCCAUUUCCAGACAUUUUCCCUGUAUCCUGGAUACAAAGUAUUUGCUGAAAACAGAGCCUACUCUUCGUGAAGCGAAUAGUAGGAGUACGUCUCUGGCCAUUGUGUAUCAACAACUAUGUCAAGGCUUUUCAGACCAAGCUGGAAUUCCGGGAAGGUUUUACAAUGGAAAACCAAGGAUAGUAACGAGGCCUAUUUCAAGAGUGAAAGUUGAGAUUGCUAGCGAACUUCAAAGGUAUUCUGGUGGAACAGAUACCGGUUUGAAACAUGAAGCAGGUUUUGAUGCGUACAUGACAGGGUCGGUCUUUGCUCAAAUUUGCCAUCUGUUACAAGUAGACACUGCUACAAUACGGUCGCUACCACAGGCCGCGAUGUCUCAAGUAGAUUCACGGCUUGGGUUCGCCAGCUACACAAAUCUGUUGAUGCUUCAGACUUUCAAGGGACAGUUGGCAUUAGAUUUGAGAACUGGAAAGGAAGCCCUCGGUGACAGAGCUCCACGUGGACCACAAUCCCCUCCUUAUCGUUUGCUUAACCGGGAAAAUGUCGUCCUUGUUUGGGGGCUCCCUUCGAAGAUCCAAGACCCCAUUUUGCGCAAAAUGGUGCAGAAUGUAUUUUCGAAGGAAAAGCGUUUGGCUAACGUGGAGAUCAUCUGUGUCGAUGAAAGUUCGGCAUUUGUAGAGUUUAGGAGUGCCGCAAUAUUGGAGGCCUUCAUGCGAGCUUUUGAAGUUGCUCUGAGCGACAGUUCGAAUUCAGAAGCACUUUUGGAUUUAAGAGAUUUCAAGGUUGCAAGGUUUGCAGCUUAUGAACGAAUUUGCAGGUCUCCGUUGUCAACGGAGACGUUAGGGAUAUCUGCAGACUUGCUAAAAAUUAGCCAUUUUGAAGACAUAGUGGCCAUCAACAACAGCAACAGAGCUGAGGUUGCGGAGGUAAGGGCAAGUUCUCAUCAGGAGCCAUCCAGCUUAAAUGGUGGGAUUCAAACAACUUGUGUGAAUGAAUUUCGCUUCAAUGAGCAUGGGCCUGCGAAAGAAGAAUUCGCAGCUGCCAGCUGGUCUCCUGAGGAAGGGUUGAUCACUGAUGAUAUUCAGUCUCCUCCAGGCAUUUCUUUGGGCACGGAAGCAACGAAGUCCACUGUAGACGUUGAUGCAGGGAGUAGCACGAAGAGCAUACGUCCGAUCGGGAUUGAUCCCGAUUCUCCAGAUGCCCAACAUGGUCUAGAAGGUGAUGAGCGUCCUGCUGUAACAGCUAGUUAUAGUAGAUGGAUGAAACGGGUCUUUGAUGAAGAUGAGGCAUCACCCUCAUCACCACCCAAGAAGCGCAGGACCCUUGAAGAUCCGAAAGACGUGUAAGUGGAGAUGGCAAUCGUCCGCACUCCUGAUUGUGAAUGUCAUGUAGGACUUUGUAGCUUUGACCCGACGUGUCACAACAUUUGACACUGAAGAAGACAAUGGAGGUAAGUUUGUCAGGAUUCUUGCACAUCCGUGAGAUCUAGUAGUGGUCAGUAAUAUAAAGGUUUUUAUCUACAUAACAAGUUUAGCUAACUGUGUACAGAUAUUACAUUCACUUUCUUAAUUGAUUUGACCAACUUAAAGCGACGAGUGGUCAUGUGAAACAUACUUCAGCUUUUUCAUGGCAUCUUCUUCACGUCGGGGUCCGGAGAGAAGCUUUUUCAGCGUGUGAGGUGGGGCACAACUCUCCUGUGUGAAUAUACGGUCCUGUGGUGGUCCAUUAGAUUCUAGCUUCCAUCGGCAACCACAGCUUUUUUGUCAGUCUGUUCAGAGUGCUUAUGUAGUCAAGGAGGUCAGCUACAUUCACUUCAAACGUUUAUGGAAGGCAAGUUCGUUGUUGUCACCAGUGGAGGAUGACGGAUUAGUAGGACGAAUGAAAGAAUAUGAACUUCACGGGGGAAGAAAACCCGGACACCAAACGUUUUGAGUUGAUAGGCAGGCCAUCUUUUUUCAUCACCCCUUUGGCCUGACGAAAGUUCAACUGGAGCUCAACUUGGCCACACUUUUCAUGUCUUUUCAUGUCUCGCGGUCUUCUGAUUUCAUGGAAGCCUUCAAAUCUGAAGUGGAUGUCUCUGGUUUGUGCGAUGUGGAAUACUUCUGAUAUU